GGUUUCGUAACAGUACCCAGUUUCAAUAAUCUCAAAAAUGUAGUCCAAGGACCGAAUGCAGGUCCACCCUAGCCCCCAUCACGCUUUCAUUUUGAAUUGGUUAGAAACGCCUGCUAGAUUUCAUAGUCCUAGUUUUCUAAACUUGUAAAAGGCGUGGCCGCCUCACCUAGUUAGUAGUUUCACCUUCUAUGAACAGUAAAGUCAUGCCGCGAAGUCGCCAUUUAAAAAAAAAAAAAAAAGUUUGUUGCUGCAAGAGCCGUUCCGUGUGGGUCGGGGGGGAAAGGUGUGUAACAUACACGUUCCGCUUUUGACUUGAAACGUUGAACGUCAUCUUUUUUUUUUUUUUAGUCAGGCGGGUGUGGCAAAAGUUGUCACGUUGCACGCCGUCACCACAAGGGGGCGCCGCUUAACUGGCGACUGCAGCCUACUAUUGCUUACAAAAAGCAAAUUGUAAAGGUGGACUCACUUUUGGUAACAUUUACGCCAGGCGGUUCACCUUCUGCUAACGUUUGUGAUUGACUUAAAUGUUGAUGUAAGAAUAUGGCGAUAUGACUAAUUGUGUUACAAUAGAUGAUAAGACUUGAGGCAAGCAGGCGACCGCAACAUGCCGGUCAUGUGCCAGAAUUGAAAGGUGGACUUUGAGCGGGGCUGGCACACACCCCCACUUUUGCUGCUGUUUCCUGCCAACGCACGCCUUUGACACACACUGAUAGCGUCUUAGCGGCCGGGGGCACCACCGAGCAUGGCGUGUCUGCGUAAACAGCCCAAAAUCAGCACAUCACAGGAGUCAACGCGCCCCGCCAGAGACCAGGAGGUGAUAGAAAAGCAUGUAAAGCUCUUAGGUAUGGACGGCGACAGAGAUGUCCAGUUCCUCCUGCAAGGGGGAGAGCUGCUCAAGGUCCGCUCCUCAUCUUGGAAGAAAAGCCGGUAUUUCAAACUCCAAGAGGACUGCAAGACAAUGUGGCGGGAGUCCAAAAGAACCUUCAGGAGGCAUCGGAUAUUUUCCAUUGACGACAUCUCUGUGGUGCGACUGGGUCGUCAGACAGAGGGGUUGAAAAAGUACACGGAACGGGAGAUGGAGAAUUGCUGCUUCUCCAUCAUCUUCAAGGAGCACCGUAAAAACUUAGACCUCAUCGCCAGCUCUGAGGACGAGGCCAAGCAGUGGGCUGGAAGCCUUCAGAAACUGAUUGCCAGCAGAAACGACCUCAACCAGCAGCAAAAGACAGAACACUGGAUAUUCAGCUGCCUGAGCAAAGCAGACAAGAACAAAGAUAGCAAGCUGAGUGUGUCGGAGGUUAAGAACUUCCUGCGCCUCAUCAACACUGACGUGGAUGACGGCUACGCAGAGAUGCUCUUCGAGAAAUGUGACAAAUCAAAGACUGGAUACCUGUCCGGGGAGGAGAUCAAACAUUUCUAUGACCUGCUCACCUACCGGGAAGAAAUCGACGUGAUCUACAGGGAGUAUGCCCGGUCUGCAGGUGUGAUGAGUCCCGAGAACCUGGAGGAAUUCCUGCAGAAGGAACAAAAAGAGACGAUAACACUCGCGGAUGCACACAAGAUUAUUGAGAAGUUUGAACCGGAUGAAAAAGCCAAAGAGAAGAGGGUGUUGACUAAAGAUGGCUUCCUCAUAUACCUGCACCAUCCUGAUGCCUUGAUCCUCAAUCCAAAGCACAAGGGGGUGUACCAGGACAUGAGCCAGCCUCUCAACCACUAUUUUAUCUCCUCCUCACACAACACCUACCUCAUGGAGGAUCAACUCAAAGGACCCAGUAGCACAGAGGCCUAUGUCAGGGCUCUGCUGAAGGGCUGUCGCUGUGUGGAGCUGGACUGCUGGGACGGAUCAGAUGAUGAGCCGGACAUCUACCACGGCUACACGCUAACCUCCAAGAUCCUCUUUAAAGACGCCAUUAAAGCCAUCAAGGAGUAUGCUUUUAAGACAUCCCAAUACCCAGUGAUCCUCUCCCUGGAGAACCACUGCUGUGUGGAGCAGCAGGAAGUCAUGGCCCAGCACUUGAGAUCCAUCUUGGGCAGCGCGCUGGUCACCUCUCCCCUCGGGGAUGGCAUGCCCACAAACUUCCCGUCCCCUGAGGAGCUGAAAGGGAAGUUCCUCAUCAAAGCCAAGAGGUUAAACAAACUAGAGACCACUUUUGCUCCUGAGGUGGCAGAUGUCGAUGACUCUGAAGUAACCGAAGAAGAAGAAUCAAACGAUGAGGAUGAACCGGAGGAGCAAAAUAAAAAAAAGAAACUGAAGCUAUCGAAAGAGCUGUCCAACAUUGUGAUCUACUGUAAGAGCGUCCACUUCAACGGCUUCGAGGAUGCCAGGAAAAACCUGAGCUUCUACGAGAUGUCGUCUUUUAAAGAAAAAAAAGCCGUUGAGCUCGCAGAAGAGUCGGCAAAUGCGUACAUCAGUCAUAAUGUGGACAAGCUGAGCCGCAUCUACCCAGCUGGCUCCAGGACCGACUCCUCCAACUACAACCCCGUGCCUCUGUGGAACGCUGGCUGCCAAAUUGUGGCCCUGAACCUUCAGACAAGCUGCGAAGAUGUGGAUUUAAACCAAGGCAAAUUCCUUGUGAACGGGAAGAGCGGCUACAUCCUGAAACCGGCCUACAUGAGGAACGGAGUCACAGAGUUCGACCCUAUAACCCUGACCCGAGGAGAGUGGCUGAAGCACAAGACACUCCAUAUCAUGGUUAUAUCAGCUCAGCAGCUCCCUAAAGUCAACAAGAAGAAAUCCUCCUUUGUAGACCCGCUGGUUAAGGUGGAGGUGUACGGAGUGCCGGCUGACACGUCUGUCAAAGAGACCCGCGCUGUUGACAACAAUGGUUUCAACCCAGAAUGGAACGAAAACUUCCAGUUCGAUGUGUAUGUACCGGAACUCGCCUUGGUGCGCUUCCUCAUCCAGGACCAUGAUUCUACAUCUGGCAACGAGUUUGUGGCGCAGUACACACUUCCACUCAACAGUUUAAAGAUGGGAUACAGACACGUGCCUCUGCUCGAUAAAACUGGUCACGUUAUCCCCGCAGCUGUACUCUUUGUCCACAUCAUGGUCCUCGAUGCUGAAUAAGACUGUCGUCGGGCAUGUUCCUGGAUCUCCCUUACACAGCCAUGACCUAGCUGUUAUUCCAUUUUUUUUUUUUAAGUUUUUAAAAUGCAUAUUCCUUUGUAGAUCAACUUCCAGUUGAUUGAGAAGAUAAAUGUCACAGCAUCUACUGUAAGUUAGACAUACUUUAGGCGCUGCGAGCCUUCAUGGAAAUACUGUGCAAAUGUGAGUGUAUGAUGAAACUUUUUUUUUUUUGGCUCUAGUAGUGCUACACUAGGUUCACAAACCAUUGUUCUAGCAAUUCAUGCUACACCAGACAAUACUGUAUGAAUACAUUCAGUCAUUUUUCCUGUAUUGUGACCUUUUUUUAAGAACAGGUUUUCAACCAAAAUACAUGUCUACCUGAAGUGUUUUUCAACCUUCCCUCAGAUAAAGUGGAUAUGCUGCUCCCAAGUGAUCAAUCAGCGUUCGCUAAUUUACACCGUUCAGUACACUAUUUGUGAAGGGGAAAUUAAUCCAUUUUUAUGCAAUUGCAAGCAAACCGCAAUUAAAACACCUUUUACACGUU